AAAUAUUCAACACUUCAAGCUCUCCCUCGACAACGCCGACGCCACCCCCUACAAUUGGCUUGGGGUCACCGCCAUCAGUGUUAAGGUCAUUGAAGGGCUUCCUCGCUCGGUGGAACUCAAUACGCCUCUGAAGUGGAUUCGACGCGGUUUCCGAUUCGGGCAUUAAAUCCGCAAAGCCCUCCGAUUGGAUUUGGAGCUCAGCCGUUUGCACCAAAGCGUCGGCCAUUUCCGGAGCCCAAAAAGUUGCGAUUUUGCAGAGAAAGUUUCUAUUUUUGUUCUAUGCGUAUUGAAUUUCUCUCUCUGGAAUUAGAAAUUAGGGUUCUAAUGGCAGAAAUGUUUGUGGGGAUUUGGGAGAAGUAGAGAGCUUUUUGAAGGCUUCUGCGAAAGAGAAGAGGCCAUGGAGGCGAUAGAGGCAAUGGAUGAGUCGGAAUUGGGUGGGCGCAGAAGAAAUAAUGGAGGGAGGGUCGGGUGGGAGCGGCAUGUGAAGUGAGGUAGAAGACGAUGCCCUGAUUUUUUUAUUUUAUUUUUUUAAAUUUUAUUAAUUUAUCAAAUUUUUAAUAUUUAGAUGGCCCAUAUUGACUUGGCGUUCAGUUAUUGUUCACUUAGUUGGUAUGUUAUCAAUUAAUGGUUGAUUUAACAGUAAUCUGAAAAUAUCCCAAAAUUACAAUUUUAGGUACCACUUCAAAAUGAAAUAAACUUUAUAUAUUGAAAAUCAAAAAAUUUCGUGGUAGUACUGAGAUCAACCCUUGAUAAUAAUAUAAUUCUGGAUCGGGCUAGUUAGAUCGGUUGGAGAUAGGCCCAAUAACUAUAAACGAAAACCUCCAGAGGGCACAAGGGGUGCAUUUGCUUAACAGGUCGUUAAUACCUUUCUCAGUAUAGGGCAGGCACCGGCAAUCCAUCGGUCAUCUCCCGUAAAUUCGAAAUAAUUCGAGAACCAUGGUUUGGGGUUUCUUCCCUACCGACCCUCACUCAGGUGAAGAUAAAUACUAUAUCUUUGCAAGGGGAACGUACAAAGUGGGUCGGAAAGGUUGUGAUGUAAAUAUCACUAAAGAUAAAGGAGUUUCUCGGGUUCAUGCAGAAAUAGUUGUUGAUGCAAUGAUUGCCCCUCUUCCCCUGCAAACAAAAUCUUCUAUAUUAUCUUCCAAAGUUCGAAUUAGAGAUUGCUCAAAAUAUGGAACAUAUAUUAACAAGAACCUUACAUCAAUGGAAAAGAUUCAUGAGUUACCCAAUAGAGAAACAUCGUUAAGGCAAGGAGACUUGGUUUCAUUUGGAACUGGCAAUGCAAUCUACAGAUUUUCCUUUGUUCCACUCAUUUUCUUUGCGUGCUGCUCGGAACCAACCCAAGUGAAUCACCCCCUUGAAGAUAAACUUUCAUCAAUUGGUGCUCAUGUCACUUAUCAUCUAAAUCAGGAGUGCACACAUGUCCUUGUUGACCAACUCAUGCCAGUGAAAGAAGAUAUAGUGGAUGCUAUUGUGGCAAAGAAACCUAUUGUUCUUGGUAGUUGGGUUGAGUUUCUUGCAGAAAAAAACAUUCGCAAUGAGCUUCCUGGGUGUGAAUCCUUUGCUCCAACACUAACAGUGGAAGGAGUAUCAGUCAAACUUACAGAUCCAAAAACUCGUGAAAACUGUUUAGAAGGAUACACGUUUUUGUUGGACUCCAAACCUGUGUAUAAAUUCAUGGAUCGCUUGCGGUCCUUACUGGAAGUGAGUGGUGCAAAGAUACUUUCCAUUGAUGGGUUUAAUUUGAAGAGCCAAAGCUCAGUUUGUGGAGAAAAUGAUCGUGUUGUAUGUGUUAUCCCAGAACGAUUAUCAGAUGCUGGGUUCAAUAAGCUUGGUUCACUUUUAAGAGUGAAUGAGAUUGGGUUAAUAUGUGCCAUUUUAAAUGGACGGUUGGAUACAUCCAUGUUAAAGUCACCUUGCGUAGUUGUAUCAUCUUCAUGCUCCACAGAUGAAACUGUGGUAGCUGAUUCUGAUGCAGAAGAAAUGGCCACUUCUGUUCUGGCAACUUCAUCUGUUGGGACCAAAGGAGUUGUUGAAACUUUACCCCAUGAAAUCUGCAUGAGUUAUGCGGCUAUCAAAUCUGAGGAUAACUAUGUCAUGAGCUCUAGACGAAGUAGUGACAUGAGGGGCAAGCUUGACGAGUCUGAAAGUGGAAUUGCAGAUAUUAUUUAUAGCCAAGAUUUGAUUGUGCGAAAUACAAGCCUACCUUGUGCCAUUAUUACUACUGCAAACAACAGAGUUGUAAAUUUCAAACGCUUCAGAAAGACAAAUACUCGAUCCGGGAAUAGCUUCAGCAGACUUAUUCCAUUCUUGAAGUCCCCAUAUAAAGAUUCUGACUAUGGGAGUGAGGAAAUGGUAGAGUCUGUGAAAGAAGAGAAAAGGAGAAAGCAAAUGGAAGCCAUUUCUGAAGAGUUAUUCAGUAAUGAAGGGUCGUCAUCGCGGUGUAGCUGGUUCUCUUCGUGGGAUUCUUACUCAUGGUUAACAAUGGUGAACUCCUCGCUCGAAAGAGAGCAGAAAGGAAAAGCUAUCACAGCAGCAAACCACACAACUAAAUGCAUGCUGGAGUCAUAGGUAGUUCUCCCAAGCAAUGUACAAUUAUAAAUGAGGACCAGCAGGCAAGUUUGAUCUGGCCAACGGUCAUUGGCGCUUUUAUUCACUUUCUGGUAUGUACUUUACUGAUAUCAAAAUUGAUAUCCUGAAAUGGAUGUGCAUGUAGAUUAUAUGACUACACGAGAAAAGAAUACUAUACCAUUGUGCUCUUUUUGUUCCUGCAACGUGAUUUGUUUGAACUUUUAAGAUAUUUGUUUUUGUUGAGGAAA